AUGGCGGAGCGCAUUUUGAUGAACGAGUUCAAGGCUCUUUCAAAAGAGAAAUGGGUUCAUAUUGAGUUGAAUAAUGAAGACAUCUUUCGCUGGAAUGUCGCCCUCAUCGUGCUAAAUCCCGAUUCUCUGUAUUAUAACGGCUACUUCAAGGCUGUUAUGGAGUUUCCCAAGAAUUACCCAUAUUCGCCUCCAAAAUUCCGCUUCAACCGCCCAAUCUGGCACCCCAACAUCUAUUCCAACGGCAACCUCUGUAUCUCGAUCCUCCACACACCCGGCGACGACGAACAGUCCGGCGAACUCGCGGCAGAGCGCUGGUCCCCGGCCCAACGCGUCGAAUCCGUCCUGAUAUCGAUCCUUUCCCUUCUGGACGACGCCGAAUGCUCAUCUCCCGCCAACGUUGAUGCGGGCGUACAACUCCGCAAUGACCCACAAGGGUAUCGGGCGCAAGUGCGUCGGGAUGUCGAAAUGUCCAAGGCAGAUAUACCUGAGGGUUUCAUCAUGCCUACGUUUGAGUCGACAAUUUCCAAACCCAAUGCUGAAAAGGAUGAUGCCGCGAAGGAUGAUAUGGAUUUUUGGGCUGAUAGUGAUGUCGACGAGGAUCCCUUUGGUGGUAGCGAUUCAUCCGAUAUUGGUGGCGAUGAUGACGAAGACGACGAUAUGGAAUUUCUUGAUGAUGACGAUGAGGACGAGGAUGAGGAUGGGCAGGACGAUUGA